AUGGAUCAGCGUCCAAAAAUUAAGAGACCACGCUGCAUCAGAAGCGUGGGGGGUCUGUGGCAAAAGAUGAAGGGAACGCAUGGAACCAGGCGAUCCUUUGAAAUCUUUAAACUAAAUGCACGGAUGGAAUCGAGAAUACUGGACAUGAUGCUCCCCGCCGAAAAGCAGGAACCAGAUAAGUGGGAUCAAUUUGUUCGGGCAGUUCGUCUGUCUUCUUUGUCUUGCCUUUCACUAUGCUUCGAGGCUUAUUACGUUGCGAGCAUGAGGAGGGAAGCAAUGGCAUCUGGAAGAGUCAAAUGCGGGAAAUUCUUCAGAUACAAAGUUCAAGAAGACUCUUCUGACGAUGUUGAGAUUGUGGAGCCUAUCAGCGUUCAUACAACACGCCCAGACACCAGGAAUUUGACGGAGAUGGAAGACGACGACAAUGAUAUUGAGUUUAUAUGUAUCAAAACGCCGUUGGGAAACUCGGAAGCGGUAAACUCUACCAAUGUUGAUACCAGGAACUCGACACGCUCCCCGUUAUCGUAUGCGUGUAUUGAACCGCAGGUAAAUGAUGGGUCGAGUUUAAGGUAUACCAACUCUGUCGGAAAGGAGAACAUACCUCCAGCGGCGCAGCUCCGGUGGUCACGGUUCAAGCCUGCUCCCAUCGCCAAUCACAAUCCAAUACCAAUCUCUAAUCCAGCACAACGCUCAAGCACAGUUGGUCCCGACGCAUCGAUCCCCAUAACCGUGUCCUGCAUUCAGUGCAAUACUUUAACAGUUGCUGAUCCAUUGUACAAUCGGCGCCUACGUACAUUCAUUGACAACGACGACAUACUCAGCAUCUUAGCGCACAUCGGUAUCCUCUUCGAUCAGCACCUUGAUAUCUUGCUUCGUAUGAAGCUGUCGACAUUAGAUCUGUUUUUUUCAAAUUGCAUCACGUUGAGAAGAGCUACGAGAAAUCGCUUGUUGGAUCUCUUUCUGGACGUAGAGCCCAGAGGAAGCUACACGUAUAUGGGUACUGUAGAAGAAUCUUACCACGCCGAUAAUGACAAGACACAAAACCUGCUUUAUACCCCAGCUCCUCUCUUUGCCAUAAUAGGGGCCAUGGUAUAUUCUCCUUACGAGGUCUUUAAAGGCGACCUACGAUCUGCGAUGCAGCUGGACGACGACAAAGUCAAGUUCCAAACCCUUUUGGACACAGUGGAAUUUAAUCUGGGUGUGUACUCCAGCUCUUCUACACCAAGCCGGGAGGUUCUUGAGGGUGUCAUCGACAAGAUAUGCAUCUCCCAGGAAAAUGAAUUUGAGAAAUACGAAAACUACUGGCCCAUAAAUGUUUGCCUCCAAAGACUUAAAGAGCUUGUUCCACGCAUCCGUCCUUCGUACAAAGACGACGAAGAAGAGCAGAUAUUCGCCGACAUAUUCAUGAAGAGGACGAAGUCGUUCGGUCCUAACAAGACCACCAUCACCCCGCGCCGCAUCGAUCACCAGUCCAUUUUAGCGCCACCCACGUAUUCACCACCACCACAAGCGCCCAAAACGACACCCGCGAUCGAACAGCUCCCGUGCCCCCUCAAAAUCCCGGCGCCUAUCCCACCCAGCACCCCAAACACUCAACUUCUCAUGUCCACUAGCACCUCAUCCAACUCUUCCGCAUCAGCACCAUUAACCACGCUGACGCGCAAGCACCCACCAGUACCGACGCACCUCGCGUGCCCCGCGCUCAAAGCUUAUUUGCAUGCACAGGGCCUGGGUGAGCUUAUCCCCGUGCUGGUGUAUAUUGGCGUGUGCUCCGAGCGGGACUUUGUGCAGUUUCGGAAGUUGAUGACAUCGUCCUCUUCGUCUUCGUCUUCCUCCUCCUCCUUCUUCUCCUCCUCCUCCUCCUCCUCUUCUUCUUCUUCUUCACACCAAAACACCAACCAACCACCCCAACCCCAACCACCAACUUCCCAUCCACAUCCACAUCCACAUCCAUACCCAGACCCCACCUCCGAAAAACACAAAAUACUAACCUCACACGCACUCCGCCACCUCGGCGCGUUCCAAAAGUUCCUGCUCGGGAUCGCGUUCGAUGUUGAUCUCGGCGUGCACCAUUUCAGGGAAAAGGGACCGGAAUGA